UGAUUUUCGUAGAAGUUUCAAUUUGUCAUAUUCCUAUAUACGCGGACUUCUUCAAACAAAUAAAAACCUUUCGCCUUUCGGACAUUCAAAUCCAGAUUCCCGCAGCAAAAUUCGGGAACUCAAAAAUUCAUUUUUUAUUCCUUGUGCCCAAAACAUUAGAGAAUUGUUAAUUUUUAUCCAAAUUUUAAUUCUGCAUAGUUUGUUAAUCUCCCAUAUUUGACCGCUAUCUUGAAGUAAAAUCAUUUUGGGAUUUAUCUUAUCAAAAUGGGAACACCCCAAUUUCCAGAUCUUGGUAAGCAUUGUACAAAAGAAGAUUGCAAACAGAUCGAUUUCUUGCCUUUUACUUGCGAUCGUUGCAGCCAGGUGUUCUGUUUGGAGCACCGAAGUUAUGGUAAACACAACUGCCCAAAAGCUGACAGAAAGGAUGUUACUGUUGUGAUAUGUCCAUUAUGUGCAAAAGGGGUUCGUCUAAAUCCCGAUGAAGACCCAAAUAUCUCUUGGGAAUCUCAUGUUGAUAUCGAUUGUGACCCUUCAAAUUAUGAAAAAGUCACAAAGAAGAGAAAAUGCCCUGUCCGUGGCUGUAGGGAGGUUCUUACAUUCUCAAAUACAAUCAAGUGCAGGGAUUGCACGAUUGACCAUUGCUUGAAGCAUCGAUUUGGAACUGAUCAUGAAUGCCUUGGGCCAAAGAAACCCGAGUCGGGUUUUCAAUUUUUGAGUCUUUUAAAUAGGAGUAAGAAGGAAGAAUCAAAGCCAAAUCAAACUGCAGCUGCAUCUUCAACUAACUGGGCAUCAGCCUUCCGGAAUGCAGCUUCAACUGUUCGAGCCUCAGCUGAAGCAGGCAUGACAAAACUGAGUAGUGAGAUGACCCAAGUUUGGCAGACUGCAACUAAUGUUGCCGGUCCAAGCAGCAGCAGCAGCAACGGGCUAAAGGAGGAGUGUCCACAAUGUAGCGCAAGGUUUUCGUCAGUUACAACUCUAGUGGAGCAUGUGCAGAAGGUGCAUGAAAAGAGCAGGAAUCAGUCGCGUGUCAUGAACUUGCCUGUAGAAGUAUGCCCUAAGUGUAGCAAAGGCUUUCGUGAUCCUGUGGCACUGGUGGAGCAUGUCGAGAGGGAUCAUCGGGGUACCUCGAAAGCUUAGAUAGUUUUGACGAUCGUAGUGACAGCUCAUUUUCAGAUUGAAAUUUUUUCAUUUUCCCUUAUGGAUUGCUCUAAUUUAUUUGAGGCUGCAGUAACCUUGAGCAUUAAAUCAGCUUUACUGGUUCAACCUAUAACUUCCAAUUCAUAAUGUCGAUCUAAAAAGUGUAAAUUGGUUACAGUAAAAUUAAAAUUGCAUUUUAUUGGAUGAA